AUGCAGCUUUCAACCAUUUAUGAUGCGUUUUAUGAUAAUGCAAGUUUUCCUUUACUGGCAAUAAUUGGAUAUUUUCCUCCACCGCCUCUCAUCCCUGGACCACCACCAAAACGUUUAUGGUGUAAAAAGAAUUGUAUAAAAGAUUAUAGAGAUCCAUCGAAAAUAAAUGAGCCAGAGAUAAAUUUAAAUUCAACAAUACAAUUGUCAGUCGAUAAUUUAUUAACAACAAAUGCAUCUAUUUUUGAUAUUAGAUCAACUUCAAAAUAUAUUUCAGCAUCAAGUACACCAAAAUCAUCAAUAACUGAUCUACUUUUAAAUCGUUUAUUUUUAAUGUUAUCAAUUCUUUUGCUUGUAUUACUGGUAGUACUAAAUAUCGUUAUUUGUACAUAUUUUCUAAUAUAUCGAUCAAGAAGAAGACGUAAUAGACGUGCCAAUGAAAUUAAUAAUAAUUAUUCAAACAAUACUAAUGAUAUAUUAUUGAAUAAUACUGGUACAAAUGAUUCUCAAACAUUAUUUACAUCUAUUCAUUCAAGAAAUUACAAUUCAGAUUUGAAAAAGAUGAACAAUAAACAUCAUAGUGACGCUAUAGAUGCGGGAGAAUGUCAAGGUUUGGCAUUGAAUGAACAAGAUGAAGAAGAAGAAGCUCUAUAA